CUAAGCGGGCUGGAGCUUGUCAGGCGGGCAGUGGCCGACCUCGCCUACCUGACGUUUGAGGAAGCGAUGGUCCACCGAGAAUAUUACCGGGCCUUCCUGGAAAUGGGACCAUUCAACGGCGAACAGAGGUAUGAGGUACUGCGAAUCUUGCGUGCUGUAUUUACCACCAGACCUAGAGCUCCGGUUGUUAGCGACGAGGUUCUAUGGGGCAUUGUUCGAGGAGAGGCGUGCGACAGACCUUGGAGUCUCAGAGAAAGGGUGUUAGGAUGGUUUGAUCCGGAGGGUACGCCAAAGGCCGGGGAAAAGCAGAGGGAUAGCAAGGAAGGAGAAGGGACCAGUGCGGUCGGUGAAGCGGGUAGCUCUGAGGGGGGUCUCAAGAGGAUAGUAGCCACCCUCACUCGGGCUCUGAAUAAGAAUCAGGGGUAUCUUGCGGAUGCCAAGAAGAAACUCACUUUCGACGGGGCGAACAUUACGGAGUUCCUGAUAGACUACGAGAACUUGGUAGCCCUAUUGAAAUGGAGUGAGGAAGAGAAGAUGGACCACUUAGGGCAGCAUGUGUCGCUAAGCUUAGGAAGGGACAUUAUGGCCAUCGUCGCCUCUAGUGGAUCCUGGAAAGAGACCCGGAACGAGAUGAUGAGGAAAUACCUGAAGGUAGAGCAAAUGACAACAGAAGCUGAGUUGGCAGCGGUCCAAAGGAAGAACUAUGCGACUUACAAUGACUUCCUGAGGGCAUUUACCCUAGUAGCGCUACGGAUUCCCGGGGUAACAGACCGAAUAAUGAGCAAGUAUUUCCUCAGGCAGGACUCCGAGUUCGACAAAGAUAAGAUCCUGUCGGCCUACCAGCAGACUAGUAAGUUUAAGUACACAAGGGAUGUGGACUUCAGCACAGUAACAGACCUCGCAGAAAAGACAGUGGUGACCGAGACGCUAGCCCUGCUUAAGGAAGGAGAGGUUAUAGACCUGAACGAGAAAACAGGGGAUAAGGUCAAGAAGGGGAUAGAAAGCCUGCAUGAACGAGUGCACGGGGUCGAUAACAAGAUAGAAAGAGUGGAAAACGCACUACUAGUAAUGCAGACACAAGUAUCCCGACCCGCCCUCCCGCCCCAAGAGGCCGUAGUUCCGGCGACAGUAGCGAAUCAAGGGUAUGGCAGGCGGGAUCCGGCUAAUGAACAAUGCAAGUACUGCACAAUGAUCGGAUAUUUCGUGUGGACCUACCCAAGACUCAACCAUGAUAUUAUGAGGCAAAGAUGCAGCACGUCCCUUAAAGGUGAAAUUUUCGGGCCUCAGGGAGAGCGCAUAAACUGGAAUUCGCCAGGAGGGAUGCGGCGUGCCGUCAUCAUCCUGAAUAACCUGAAUAUAGCUAUCGUAGAAGCCGAGCCGGUAGCUAACAUUGUUUGGGACCAACCGAGGGGACGCGGACCACAAGUCAAUUUCAUUAUAGAGGGUAAUGGACAGGAUAGGGUGAACAUCACCACCCGUCGGACAAGGGCGGGAAAAAAACUCAUCCGAGAUACGGUAAUGAAAGAGGUCGCGGGGACUAGCGCAAAUCAAGGUGAAACUGAAAUCGGGGAGCCGGAGAAAGCCUACGGAAAAGCAAGGGAAGAGGAGCCGAUAGACAAAGCGGUGGCGCCAAAGAAUAAAUUCAGGUACCAGAUUCCGAUUCUGACUAUGCCAGAAAUCGACGAUACCCUCAGCAAACUACUAGGUACCAUGGUAUCUGUAUCCUUUCAGACCAUGUUGCAAGCAAGCCCGAGAUUGCUUAAAGAUCUCAGGCAACUACCAACACGCCGACGCGUAGAGGUAGCGGAGGCCCCGAAACUACAGGAGCAGGAAACGGAGGAGGCUGAGGCAGCGCAAGGGGUCUCCAACCUCCAGAGAAUUCCAGGGGAUCUGGAGGACCGAGAAAAAACUUUUGCGGACAUCCGCUUAAGCCUGCCAGACCGAGAAGGUGGUGAAGUCAUGAGGGCACCGCCCGGGACGAAGCUUAGCUUUCAUGCGCUGCUCAAAGGUCGACUGGAUGCAAAGCUAAUCUCGUCUGUUAGGAUCCACACGGUGGAACACGAAUGCUGGAACGACAAGGGGCCUGCCUACGACUUCGGAAUAGCGGCGAAAGCCACUAAGCUGCUUAGGGCCAAGAUAGAUUCGUUCGUGGCUGAACCCUCCGCAUCCCCCUACGCGAACAAAUGGUUCGUUUUUCGAAAGCCCAACAAGACGAUCAGAUGGAUCCAAGACUUGCAGAAGCUGAAUGUGGUAACAAUCCGGGAUGCUGGAUCACUUUCACAGACCGACCUACUGGCAGAAUCCCACGCCGGCCGGAGCGUUUAUUCCUUGAUAGACCUAUAUCCAGGAUAUGGUCAACUGUCACUCGACGCUAGGGAUAAACCGUACACUGCUAUGCACACCCCGGUAGAGCAACUGCAGAUGCAAGUGACCCCUAUGGGCUUUACAAACGUUGUGGCAGAGGCGCAAAGGAGGAUGCUUGCCGUCGCAGGGGACAUGUUCCCGGAAAAAUGUGAGCCGUACAUAGACGAUAAUCCCAUAAAAGGCGCGCAAAACAAGGAUGAGACAAAGGUCCAGCCGGGCAUACGAAAGUACAUCUUGGAUGCAAGAGAUAACCUCAGCGACUAUGUAGAGGCAGUAGCUCUUAAAAGAAAGACCGGAAAUGAAGUGGCUGACUGGAUAGCAGACUUCUACCUAAGGCACCCCUUUGUGCGCAGGUUCAUAGCGGAUAAUGGGACGGAGUUCGUAAAUCACGAAGUGCUAAGCAGGCUCAAGAUACUGUGCGUACCUAUCACGAUCAUCGAGCCAUACCAUCCUGAGGCCAAUGCACCUGUAGAAAGGGGACACCGAACCUUGAAAAACACAAUCGCUAAGUUAGCGGCAGAUGACCUGGGAAAUUGGCCUCGGUACCUUAAGCAGGCGGCCUUCUCAGAGAACAUGACGCCGAAGAGGACGACGGGGUGCAUUUCGGUAGAACUCUGGUAUGGGAGAGGGAUUUAUUUCUCGGUGGAAGCCUUGGUUCCUACCUGGAACAGGCUAGAUGACAACCCACACAUAUCUACGGAGGAACUAAUCGCCGCACGAUGCCAACAGGUCAUUAGAAAUGAGGAAGCCUUGGAGGAUGUGGUUAAGCGUGUGAUGGAUAGUCGAAUGAGGGACAAAGCAAGGUAGGACCAGGUCAAGAACAUCCGGAAGGAGCCGCUCCAGGUGGGGGAAAUGGUACUAGUCAGGAACUCGGCUCUUGAAAGCACGUGGUCAGGACAACUGGGAAAAAGGUUCAAAGGCCCCUACAGGAUCACUAAGCGAGUGGGAAUGAACACUUUUGAACUUG